AUGGCGCUUCCGAGCAAUACGUGGCUAUUUACCUUCAAAAACGCAGAUCUGCAAGUCAUUGUAACAUACAAGGGUCAACGAAUUGUUGGACGCGUUUCAUCAGACGCACUUUGCCGUGCUUCCAAAGUAUGGGAAAAGUUCAUUCAUGUAUGUCCCUUUCCCCUUUAGUGCGUUGUCAGAAGUUUGCUCAACUAUCGACACAUCUUUUCCAUCUUCCCUCAGGCUUCCGAGAUAUUUUGAACGCCAGGAUUCCGUGCUGACAUAUUGUAGCCACCUUUCGGUGUCAUUGGUACCGGGCGUCUAGUUGCCAACGAUGACGCACCAAAGCCUGUUUGUACUUCCGAAAAUAUGAAUUCUGCUAGCCUCAGAAACCCGGCAACAUCACCUCAACCCAGUACAUUUCCUAACCCCAAAGGCAUGAUACCUGAACUUGAUAUGAAGGAAUGGGCCGGCUCCGCUCUCCUGAUAAUAUUCCGCAUUGCACAUCUAGAGGUCUCCAAUAUCCCGAAAAAGGUGUCCUCCCAAGAGCUUCAUGAAAUAGCGCGGAUCAUCGAUUUCGCAGAUUGUGUGGAAUUAGUUGAGCCCUGGGUUGAAGGAUGGUUCGCUGGUGUCUCUCGUCAUGAAAUACACAUGCUUUUUCCUUUCUGGGUGUUUGGGAAAGAGCAACAGCUCGAAGAGCUUGCUGCGAAAUCUUUACUUGGAGAAGAAUUCCCGCAAUUGGGAGCCUUAGAUGCAAACAAACAGCAAAAAAUGAUUGGAAAGGUAUGUGAGAUGCCGCCCGGAGUGGCUGGUAAGUGAAGAUCACAAUACACAGCGGGCUCGGGAAGCUUACAAAGAACAUAGAAAGCAUUCACAUUUGCCGCGUACAGAUAAUUCAGAUCCUCCUUGAUAUCCCCUACACAGAAGCAAACGCAUACACCGACCUUAAUAAACUCGGCAAACGAAGAUGCUGUCAUAAUGAUUCCCAUUGCGACUCAACAAGUUACGGUUCUCUCGUUCUCCAGUUGGUUGAGUUAAAACUCUGGCCGCAACGAAAACCAAAGACAAUUACACGAUCAAUUUCCUCGCUUGCCCAUGACCUAACGAAUAUGAAGAUUUUAAAUUUUUCUGCUGGGUCCUAUCCUGCGUUUUCUGCCGAUAAUAUACACCAGUUAUGUCCCAAAAUGAAUAUCAGAGAGAAGGUGGAGGAGGUAAUGAAAAGAUUACCAAGCCCAGUUCUGGAUAGUCAUAAGGCCCACAUGGCCACGCAAUAUGGGAGAUUGCAUCCCGGCACUUUAGAAAAGAGAAAGCCUCAGUUGGUUUCGCGGGGACUGAAUACGCGUCGAGAUUUCCUCCCUUCGAAAAAGUCGCUCGUUCUACAAGGGACACGACAGAAACAUAAUAAUACUGUCUAA